AUCAAAAUGACUGAUGUUAUGCGUGAAAUGAUAGCUCAGCUGAUGGGCCAGCAAAGGGCUGAAGAGGAAGGACGUAAACUACCACCUUUCGACCAUCAUUCAGUUUGUCGUUCUUAUUUACAAGGUUGUUGUCCGAGAGAAUUACUUUCGGAUACAAGACUUGAAUCAAUGAUGUCUUGUCGAAAAAUGCAUGAACCAGCACAUAAGGGAGAAUAUAAUAAAGCACAAGAGAAAAGGGAUUUGUUCUACGACGUUGAGGCCUACGAAGAGCUCGAGGACGCAAUUUGUAUUGUGGAUCAGGAAAUUCGAAGACUUCAGGAUAAAGUGAAAAGAGAUGCUGAAAAUAAUUUAGACCUUACUGAGCAACAUCGAACCCAAAAGAUAUUCGAAGUGAAUGAGCAAAUUGGAGUCGCUUUAGUCCAAAUUGAGGCUCUUGGUAAUGAAGGACGUAUAAACGAAUCAGUCGAGUUAUCGAGAAAGGUGGACGAAUUGAAGAAGAGAAAACGUGAACUUGACACUGAAAUGAAAGGUGUAUAUCCAGCUAUGCUCCAACGUUUGCGUGUUUGUGAAACUUGUAGCGCUCAGUUGAACGUUAUGGAUCAUGAAACUCGUUUGCAAGAUCAUUAUGGAGGAAAAAUGCAUUUGGGUAUGGUACAAAUUCGUGAAAAAUAUGCAGAAAUGAAGAAUUCAAUUGACGAGCGUCGUACUUUAAAAAAGCUUGCUGAAGAAAAGGAGCGUAGUGAACGUCGUAGUCAACGAGGGCGAAGUCGUAGUCGUGAACGAAAGCGUUCUCGUUCACGCGAGAAAAAAUCUCAUCGCAGUCGAAGCCGUUCUAAGUCUAAGAGUCGUUCGCAUAAAGAACGUCGUCGUUCGCGUUCCCGCGAACGGAAAUCGUCUCGUCGUGAUUCGAGUCGUGAACGGUUUGUUUUUUAUAACUUUUGUUUAUUAUUUUCUAAUAGCCGACGUCAUUGA